GCUCACUCUUUGCGGAUUAAAAAAACGAGGGAGCGGACGAAAAAGCUGCUUCCCUCCGGGAGAGAUGGCCGCUCAUUUGUUUGCGGCCAAAGAUCACGCUGCUGUCUACCAGAAAUACAGGUUCCCACCCCCGGAGAACCUCCAAGGUGUGAUCCUCUCCUACCUGGAUAAAAAGAAGGUGACCUCCCUUCAUCUGGCAGUGGAUGUGGGAUGUGGCACAGGCCAGAGCAGUCACCUGCUGGCGAAGCGCUUUGAGAAGGUGGUCGGGACAGACGUAAGCGAAGCUCAGAUCGAGGAGGCCAAGCGAACUGCCCACCCGCCAAAUGUCUCCUACCUUGUGUGCCCUGCAGAAGAGCUGCCCUUUGAGGACCGUUCCGUCGACCUCCUCACGGCCUUCACUGCUGCCCAUUGGUUUGACAUUCCCCGCUUCAUGAAGGAAGUGGACCGGGUUCUCAAGCCAUCCGGCUGUGUGGCCUUGAGUACCAACACCCUCGACAUGCGGUUGCACUACAAGGACUGUUCGGAAAAGCUCACAGAAAUCUUCCGGGAGGUUCAAGGCCAGAUUUUUCCAUAUUCAAACGAAAGGAUCAAAUUUGUUACGGACGACUACAAAGCAAUAUUUGAUUCCCUGCCGUUUCAGGACAAGGAGAGGAUCAUGGAUAUUCUUGAUAAACUUCCAAUGAGUGUCGCUAGCCUGAUGGGAUACAUCCAGUCAUUCUCUCCAUACCAGACUUUUCUAAAAGCCCAGCCUGAGGCGGCAAAAUCUCUCAUCCAAAACACCGAACAAAGGAUCCUGGAGACGAUGGGAGUUUCGUCUCGAGAGACCAAGCUGGAGCUCUGCACUCGGCACGUUUGUGUCCUGGGUUAUAAGUGACUUGGAUCUAGUUAACGAAUGACCCUCCCGAGGAAACAAUGCCAGGGCAAUCUUGAAAAUUUUCCAAUAAAAACAAAUGUCUCAUUUAA